AUGGCAUUGCCAACCGCGGUCGUAGCCUCCGUUGCCGCGGCCGUCUCCACGCUCUUGCUAUUGGCCGCCGCCGUCAUGGCCGUCCUCUGCUGGCGCCGGCUCCGUGCGCGCCGUAGCCGGACGUCCGACACCGGCUCCUCCGAGACUCCUCCCACGCUGGCGGAGUGGGGCAGGUGCGGCCGGACGUCGUCGGCGCCGGACUACCAGGGCGCCAGGCGGUUCUCGCUGGAGGAGAUGUCGCACGCCACCAAGAACUUCAGCGACGCCAACCUCGUCAGCGCCGCCGGCAGCUUCGGGAAGGUGUACAUGGGCCUGCUGCUCGACGGCACCGUCGUCGCCAUCAAGCGCCGCCAAGCACCGCCGCGCCAGGACUUCGUCGACGAGGGCAGAAAACAAUCGGAGAUCUGGCACCGGAACGUCGUCACGCUCAUCGGCUACUGCCAGGAAGGGGGUCUGCAGAUGCUGGUCUUCGAGUACCUGCCCAAUGGCAGCGUCUGCGGCCACCUGUAUGAUAGCGGCAAAGAGUCGAUGACAAGGCUGGAGUUCAAGCAGAGGCUCUCCAUCGCCAUUGGAGCAGCUAAAGGUCUGGACCAUUUGCACAGUAUGACGCCUCCAUUGAUCCACAAGGGCUUCAAGACGAGCAACGUCUUGGUCGACGAGAACUUCAUCGCCAAGGUGUCCGACGCCGGGGUCGACAGGCUGCUCAGAGGGCUCGAAGACGCUGAUAAAGCGAACGGGCUUCAUACUAGUGUCUACCAAGAUCCAGAGGUACAUUCCUUGGCACAACUCUCCGCAAGCAACGACGUGUACAGUUUUGGGGUUUUUCUGUUGGAGCUGAUCACCGGCAGGCAAGCAGCGGGUUUGGUCGGCCCAGAAUCAACGCUCCCCCAUUGGAUGGAGGUACAUUUCACUUCUGGCGAGCUGGUCGACCCGAGGCUAGGCGGCAGCUUCACAUCCGAGGGCAUGAAGGAGCUAGUCGCCCUGACCUUCCAGUGCCUGAGCCCAUCGGUGGCGAGAAGGCGGCCCAAGAUGCGGCUGGUCGCAGAGGAGCUUGACAGGAUCCUAGAAAAGGAGAUGACCCUGACGACUGUCAUGGGUGACGGCACCGCCAUCAUUACCCUCGGAAGUCAGUUGUUCACGUCGUGA